AUGACCAAACCCGUCACGAUGCAAUCGUCGACAAGUCAACCCAAAGGACCAACCUCCACAGCCUAUGUUGUACCAAUGAUCUGUACACCACUGAAUUAUCAAGCUGUUCAAUUUGAAGAGAAGAAUCAUGCUCAUUUGAAGGACAUUGUUUUGUCGGAAGGUAUUUCAGAAGAGAAUCUUGUCGUAGACAUUCUCAUUGAAGCAGAUCAAGUCCAGCCAAUUGCGCUAGUUGCUUACAUAGAGAAAGUCUUCCUUAUGAUAGCCGUCAAGGAGGAGAACAGAGACGCUCUGCGUUUUCUGUGGCUGGAUGACGUGAAUUUAGCGGAAGCUAAGUUCGCGGAAUACAGAUUUGCUCGAAUCGUGUUUGGAGUUACUUCGAGUCCCUUUCCUCUCCUCAAGCACAUCACCAGCUAUGAAGUGGAAGACCCUGAAUUUGUCAAUCAGAUGCUUCGCUCGUUAUAUGUACAGUAG